UAUAUAUUAGUUUCUCAAUGUGCCUCUCUAAAUAUAAUCUCUCUCUCUCCCUCUCUCCUUCUCUCACUAACCAAAUGGAUCCUCGAAUCGCCGCAACAUCCGUGUUCCGGUGGUCUCGGAGUCGCCGGAAGAUUCAUAUCCGCCGUAGAAAGUCACAGGUAGUGCGUCUUGGCGGGAAUCACAACGUGGUGCCACGUGGCGGAUUCUCGUUGAAGAAGAUGGUGAGGAAGAUGAAGCUGAGAUGGUUGAGAUUACACUACGUGAGACUGGUGAAGAAGAUCAACGGGUUUUAUCGUAAUUUGGUGAAAGAGUUCUUAGACGCAGGAGCUGAGCUUGAAGCGAUUCAGAAGCGAAUGGCGGUUGAAGCGGGUUCGUUUGCGGUUCCGGGUUUCGGUCUAUCUUUCGCCUCUAUGUCAGUUCAUGACCGAGCAAGGCAUUUUCUUGUAUAGUAAUAAUAUUAAUAAUCACAUUCAUAAGCUUUUGUUAAUUACCUUUAUUGUUGUUGUAAUUGUAUCUUAUAAACUCUAUAUUAUUUUUCACUGUGAUUUCGUAUUUCGUGGAAUCAUGAGACCGCUGGGAUGUGACAUUGGAAUUAGUAGCAUAUAUGGUUGUAAAACUAUAUAGUUAAUAUCCAGACGCAAAAACUAUCAGGGCCGGCUUACAAGGGGGGGACAAGCGGUGCGACCGCCCCGGAUCCGAAUCCGUGUCCCCCCGUGUAAUGAUAAAUAAGGGGUCCAAUUUUUUAUAAAUCUAUAUUUUUAUAUAUAAAAAAAUUAUAAAUACAAUAAAUAAAAUUGAAAAGGGCCCAAAAUUAUUUGAUAUGUAUAUAGUUUUAUUUUCAUUACAAAAUAUACAAAAUAUUAUUGAUUAAAUU